UUCACAUGCUCACAUUCAGAAUGAAAUAAACAAAAGAUGAAAUUCAAAAUUAGAGCACGUGAACUUUUAUUCUUCUCCUUUCUUCUUCUUCUACUUGCAGUUUCUCCUCCUACAGUCCAAUGUUCUAGUGAAGAAGAAGAAGAAAUCCAAAGAUCUCAAUUCCCAGAUGCCUUCUUCUUUGGAACAAGCACUUCAGCAUAUCAGGUUGAAGGAGCAUAUCUUGAAGAUGGAAAGAGUCUCGCCAACUGGGAUGCCUUCACUCAUAUUCCAGGAAACAUUAUUAAUAACGACAAUGGUGACGUUGUAGAUGACCAUUACCACCGGUAUAUGGAAGAUAUUGAAUUAUUGCAUUCUCUUGGGGUAAAUGCAUAUCGAUUCUCAAUUUCGUGGGCAAGAAUUCUGCCUAGAGGAAAAUCUGGCGAUGUUAACCCAGAAGGGAUUAGGUUUUAUAAUAAAAUAAUCGACAGCCUGUUACUCAGAGGAAUUGAACCAUUUGUGACCAUUUGCCAUUUUGACCUUCCACAAUCUCUAGAGGACAAAUACGGGGGAUGGCUAAAUCCUUUAAUAAGGGAAGAUUUUGUAUACUUUGCCGCAAUAUGUUUCAAGGAAUUUGGAGACAGAGUCAAAUACUGGGUGACCAUAAAUGAGCCAAACCAUUGGGUGGAUUUUUCCUAUAUAAGGGGAAUGUACCCACCGGGCCACUGUUCAUUGCCAUUUGGGAAUUGCUCGGUCGGCAAUUCUGAUGCAGAGCCUCUGGUUGCCAUGCACAACAUGUUAAUUUCACAUGCCAUGGCUGCUGAUUUUUACCGCAAACACUUUCAGGCCAAACAAAAUGGGUUUGUUGGAAUGGUUGUGUCUUCAUUUAUGUAUGAACCACUAAGAGACAAAGAGGAGGACCGACAAGCUGUGAGUAGAGCCUUGGCUUUCACUAUUGCUUGGGCGUUAGAUCCUGUAGUACAUGGAGAUUACCCUGAAGAAAUGCGAGAGUGCAUUGGGUUGAAAUUGCCAAAGUUUUCAGCCCAAGAGAGAGAGAUUCUUAGAAGAGGCAGUAUAGACUUCAUUGGUAUAAACCACUAUUCAACUUUGUACAUCAAAGACUGCAUCAACUCCACUUGCUCCCCCAAGUCUUAUCACCCUAUUCAAGGCUUCGUCGAAACCACUGGACUGCGAGAUGGUCUCCCCAUUGGUCAACCGACAGGAAAGGCAGUCUUCUUUGUUGUUCCAAGAGGCAUGGAGGAGAUUAUUGAAUACAUUAAGCACAGAUAUAAUAACAUACUGAUGUUCGUUACUGAGAAUGGAUAUGCUUCGCCACUACAGGAGAAUGAACAAGAACUGCUUCAAGAUCUCAAUCGCAUCAAAUUUCAUAAAGACUACCUUAUUGCUUUAGCCCGUGCAGUAAGAAAGGGUGCUAAUGUGAGGGGAUAUUUCAUUUGGUCGUUGAUGGAUAACUUUGAGUGGGCUGAUGGCUACGGAACCAGAUUCGGGCUAUAUUAUGUGGAUCGCACCACACUCAGACGUUUCCCCAAACUUUCUGCCAAAUGGUUUACCAGCUUUCUUACUGACACCAAUGCAAGUGGGCAUAGCCACCACGAGGGAGUGUUUUUGGAAAGCAUUUGAUUAUCAUGAAUACUCAUGAAUCAUUAAUUAUAUCGAAUUAAUCCCCUUAAAUGGGACUAUAAUUUGAAUAAAAAUCCACUAUCGCCAAUAUCCUGUUGCUAUCCGGUUUCUUUAAUAAAAUACUGUUAUUUGUCAAUUAUUAUUCUA